AUGGGCCUCAAAAGUUGGAUCCACGACACGAAUCUGCGCGUUGCGCGCAGCCCCGUGGGGAGAUGGUUUCGCCUGGAAAAUUCGGGCCACCCGCGGGAACGGAAGGGCAGCUUCUUUUUCACGGAGCUUCGAGCUGGUCUCGCCACCUUCUUCGCCAUGGCCUACAUUAUCUCAGUGAAUAGUACCAUCACCUCCGAGUCAGGUGGUACCUGCGUCUGUCCUGCAGACAGCAUGGCCGACUUGUGUGACACCAACCCCGAAUACCUGGUCUGCGUGCAGGAGAUCAAGCGCGACCUCGUGACCGCCACUGCAGCCAUCUCCGCCUUGUCGACCUUCUUCAUGGGCCUGUUUGCCAACCUGCCGAUCGCGCUUGCUCCCGGCAUGGGCCUCAACGCUUAUUUCGCUUACACCGUCGUGGGAUAUCAUGGCAACGGCCUGAUUCCGUAUCAAGUUGCUUUGACCGCGGUCUUUGUUGAGGGAUGGGUCUUCUUGGGUCUCACAGUUCUCGGCAUGCGACAAUGGCUUGCACGCGCCAUUCCCGCAUCCAUCAAGCUUGCCACCGGUGUCGGAAUUGGUCUCUACCUCGCCUUGAUCGGCUUGACCUACAGCGCUGGAAUUGGAUUGAUUCAAGGCGCUCAGUCGACGCCGAUCGAGCUAGCCGGUUGCGCAGCCGAGUUCUUUGACGAGAAGACGGGAUUGUGUAUCAGCAGCCAGAAGAUGCGCAACCCUACGAUGUGGAUUGGCAUCUUCUGCGGUGGCUUUUUCACUGUUCUUCUGAUGAUGUACCGUGUGAAGGGUGCAAUUAUCAUGGGAAUCCUACUGGUGUCGAUCAUCUCGUGGCCGCGCUCGACUCCCGUGACCUACUUCCCCCACACUGUUCUGGGUGACAGUAUGUUUGAUUUCUUCAAGAAGGUGGUCACGUUCCAUCCGAUCACUCGAACACUUGUCGCGCAGGAUUGGGAUAUUUCCGGAAAUGGUGGCCAAUUCGGGCUGGCCUUUAUUACUUUCUUGUACGUCGAUAUCCUCGAUACAACUGGUACUAUGUACUCUAUGGCCCGAUUCGCUGGUGUCAUCGACGAGCGCACUCAGGACUUUGAAGGCAGUGCAAUCGCCUACACGAUUGAUGCCAUUUCCAUUUCCAUUGGAUCCCUUUUCGGCAGCCCGCCUGUCACGGCCUUUGUCGAAUCCGGCGCCGGUAUUUCGGAAGGUGGCAAGACCGGAUUGACCUCCUGCGUGACGGGACUGGCUUUCUUCAUCUCCAUCUUCUUUGCACCAAUUUUCGCGUCCAUCCCCCCAUGGGCCACCGGCUGCACUCUUGUGAUUGUCGGCACUCUGAUGGCUCAGUCUGCGGCAAAGAUCAACUGGCGAUACCAUGGCGAUGCAAUCCCGGCAUUCCUCACCAUUGCCAUCAUGCCCUUUACCUAUAGCAUUGCCUACGGGUUGAUUGCCGGUAUUCUGAGCUAUGUUCUCCUCAACGGGACCGCAUGGAUCUUGGAGAAGGCCAGUGGCGGCCGGAUUGUUCCACCGAACAAGGAUGAAUCUGAUCCUUGGUCGUGGAAAGUCCCCGGCGGCAUUUUGCCUCCGUGGGUGAAGCGCGCUGCUCGCGGCAAAAAAGAUUUCUGGCGUCAAGACGAAGAGCAGGCUGUUGCUGACGACUUGGGCUCGUUGGGCUCCUCCCAUGAGAGGGUGGCUAUCGAGAAAGGUCCGCACAACGCCGAAGAGCCUACGAAGGCUCUAUGA